CCUGACGGCUUCUCGUCUCACAUGAAUUUUACAGAUGGAUCGCGCGUUCAUCAAAUUGCAAUCCCGUCGGCAAAGGUCCCAGAUUGUGUCGAGGUUAUUCAACAUUUGAGGAAAAAUGUUAUUCAUAUUGAUGUUAUCGAGAAACCAAACGUGCGGAAGGAGCAGUCGGGAGAAGGAAUGUAUGAAAAGGAAUUUUGUAGAUAG